AGGAAAUAACAAAACAUAUACUAGAUGCAAUUAAAGCCUCCGUUGCCUUAGGAUGGAAGGACUAAAAAAAAUGGGAUACAAAAAUUUGGUAUAAAUAUUUAGCUGACUACCUACUUCAAGACUAUAUUAGUGAGAGGAAAAGCUACUAUAAGUUGGGCCAAACCAAAAAGACCUGAGAGGCAAAAUGGAAGGGCCUCAUUUCCAGGAUAAAGGGGAAAGAUAAAUAUAAGGAAUUAAAUAAGAUUAUCCUCAUGAUUGAACAACAGAAAUAAGCGUAGUAAGAGUAAUAAACUGUUCCCGGGGGAAGAGGGAGGGAGGGAGAAAGAGGGGGACGUAUACAUGCUCAAUUAUACUUGAAUAUUUAUACCUAAGUAUAAUUGAGCAUGUAUACGUCCCGCUCUUAGUAUUUUUGCACCCUCGUACUACGUAAGGAUAAGUUCAUAGGUGAUAAUGGGGAGGUGGCGGGAUUGAGGAAAAAUACUGGUAUUUUGAUUGUGGAAUAUCAUGAUUGCAUGUUUCUAUGUGUGUGUGUGUGUGUGUGUGUGUGUGUACCCCACAAUAAAAAAACAAAAAAAAACCCUAGAGAUAUCCAUUGUUUUCUCACUCAUGGGGGUUAGGGGUGUCUAUAUAACCCCCAGGAAUCCACACAACUGGUCAGAUCAUUUAGGUCGUAACAAAGGACACUGGUCCCUUCCUUGUGUUUUCAAGGACUAUAGGUUUGUUGAUACACUAACCAAGGGGAAGGUUUGCCUCCUGAAGGUUAUCUCAAAGGUGUGUUGACUGUGGUAUGACCUUUCCAGAGGCGUGCAGGGAGCCUGUUAUAAAAAGCAGGUGAGCACAGUGCCCUCUUCCUAACAACUUGGCUUUCCAAGACAAGUUAUGAUGAGGUCUCUCUGGUCACUCGUGCUCCUUGCCUGCCUCCUGGUCACAGGACAAGGAGAGUACCUCUCACGAUGUGAGGUGGCCCAGCAGCUCCAGCAAUUGGGGAUGGAUGGCUAUGCUGGCUACAGCCUGGCCAAUUGGGUCUGCACGGCAUUCCACGAGAGCAGCUUCAACACUCAGGCCAUGCACUAUGACAGUGAUGGUAGCAUUGACUUCGGCAUCUUCCAGAUCAACAGUCGCUACUGGUGCCAGUAUGGCAACGAGAAAAGCUCCAACGCCUGCGGGAUUCAAUGCUCUGAGCUGCUGACAAACAACCUCGCUGUAGACGCGGCUUGUGCUAAGAUUGUGGUCUCAAAUUCGUGGAAUGGAAUGGGUGCCUGGUAAGAGGGCAUUGAUCACGGGGGGGAGGAUGAUGGGGUACAAACUUAUUUGCCUCAUUCCUUUGAAGCAUUACAAGCCAUAUACUGUAAAAAUAGAAUAACUUUAACAUGAGUCAUUCCCGGGCUGUGUCCUCAAGUGUCAGCACAUCACAAGAAAUACUUUGACCAUUAUUCGAAAUAGGGCCAAUAUAGCUACAUAAGCUUGACUCUUAUUAUAAUGACAACUAGAAUCAAUGUUGGAUGAUGAAUUUUGAUAUAGAUAAAUCCCAUUUGAAUCAAUGGGAUUUAUCUACAUGUCACCUCACCUUUCAACAACUAAUUAUGUUGGCUUAACUAUAGUACACCCAUCAAUAUUUCAAACUGGGUUGGCAUCAAUCUAUGGAUGAGGAACCUCCAGGAAUCCCAGUCAUCAGUUACCAUGGUCAAACCAUAUAGGUUCAGGAUUGCAGCUUCCCUGAUUGAGUCAAUUCGGCUAUAAUGUUGUCUUCUUCUUUUCCUACUCCCCUUAAUUUUUUGUUCUUGGUGUUGUGUUUCUUCAAGUCAUUUUGGACACAUGGCAUGUUCUCCCUGAUCAGUCAUUCAGUAAUUCAAGCAGGAGGUGAGGGAAGAGGAUUGAAUGGGGAGAAGGAGGACAUGGCCACUCACUUACUUGGGUAGAAGAAGGGGAAAGGGAUUGGAGUAAGUGAGGAGAAAGGUUAAGUGGUGCACAAGUCUCCAAGCCACACAAAAGGAGCAGAACCAAGGGAGGUGACAAAUAGACAGCCAAUAAAGCCCUUUCCCACUGUCCUAAUUCAUCUUUUAGCCAUUGACCCACACAUCACACCAUCUGCUUUCUAUUCCAUGUGAGUUUAUGUCUAUAUGUUUGUCUGUCUGUCACACUCCUCAUUCAGCAAUGGGUCAAACAUUUGGCCAGCUGAACUGCUGACCUGAAGGUUGGGUUGCUGACCUGAAGGUUGCUGGUUCGAAUCCGCGAGAUAACGGGGUGAGCUCCUGUCUGUCAGCUCUAGCUUGCAGGGACAUGAGAGAAGCCUCCCAGCAGGAUAGUAACACAUCCAAGUGUCCCCUGGGCAAUGUCUCUGUAGACGGCCAAUACUCUCACACCAAAAGCAACCUGCAGUAUGUUUUCAAGUCAUUUCCGACACGAUAAAAAAAACUUGGCAGGACAGGAAAUGAAAUUAGAUGGGGGAAUCAUCCAAUUGGAGUGCUGGUGGGUGGUAAGAUUGACAUUUUAAAAAAGGAAAGAAUGAAUACAUACACA